CGCAGAUAUAUCCUUUGUUGAUUUCUUUCGGGAAGGUGUCGCAUAGUUCAGCUUAGAAAUACAAUGGAUUUUCGAAAAGCCGGGAGCAAUCGAAAAAAAGAAUGAGUUUCUCUGGCUGCCAGCACCUGCAGGCCUUCAAGGCAGCUCAUGGAACACAGUCAUAUCGCAUAAUUCACAAAUAUUUUAUAGCGGCUUUAUCAACGGAAGCACGCUUAAGGAAGGCAAGAUCAUGUGUUUGUCAUACAUGUAAAACAACAACAGUUCGCCUCCACUCCUGCCUCCACUGUGUUUAUUUUGGUUGCUAUGGUGCUAAUCAUAUACAAGAACAUGCAGCUAGCAAAAAUCAUACUCUAGCUGUGGAUCUUGUCUUUGGUGCUGUGUACUGCUUUGCCUGUGGAGACUAUAUAUAUGAUGGGGAGUUGGAAGGGAUAGCAGGAGAGAAUGGAAAAUCAUUUGAGGACAGUAUUGGUUUAGAUGGGUGCUGGGUGCCAACUGAUGUUGAAUUGCAGCUACUUCACCAAAAUCCCAAAAGAAGAAAGAUCUCAGACAAUUCUACCAUCGGUCUUCGUGGCUUAAUCAACCUCGGCAAUACAUGUUUUAUGAAUUGCAUCGUUCAAGCCUUGACGCACACACCUUUACUAAGGGACUAUUUUUUGUCAGACAAACACAACUGCCAAAUGAUCAACGAAUCAGAGAGAUGUCUAGUCUGUGAAAUGUGUAGAUUAUUUCAAGAGGUAACAAUGGGUUAUCAAGUAGCAAUCCGCAUCAUUGCAACUGCAUCAUAGAUCAAAUAUUCACUGGGGGGCUGCAAUCUGAUGUCACUUGUAAAGAGUGCAAUAACGUAUCUACUACAAUUGAUCCAUUCUGGGAUAUCUCUCUGGACCUGGGACCACCCCCAGGGGGAGACGCUAGAAAUUCAUUAUAUGGCAAUGGGGAUGAGCCUUCCUCUCUUAUGGAAUGUCUUAGAAGGUUCACACGUCCAGAACACCUUGGCAGCUCUGCCAAAAUCAAAUGUGGCAAGUGUCACAGCUAUCAGGAAUCUACCAAACAGCUGACCAUGAAGAAGUUACCUGUAGUGGCUUGCUUCCAUUUAAAGCGUUUUGAGCAUUCCACAGGCUAUCACAAAAAGAUCUCCACUUUCAUCCCAUUCCCCGAGGAAUUAGAUAUGACCCCAUUCAUGUCUUCUUCUCGGAGCCACAACAAUGGCUACCAAACUCAGGUUGUACAAGAGGCUGCUUCCUCACUUUCAAGCCAAAAUAAAUACUCCCUAUUUGCUGUGGUCAACCACCUCGGGACAAUAGAGUCUGGUCACUACACAAACUACAUCCGCCUACAUAAGAACCAGUGGUACAAGUGUGAUGACCAUAUGAUAACUAAGGCCUCUUUGGACAGUGUACUCAGAAGUGAAGGCUACCUCCUGUUUUACCACAAGCAAAUCUUGGAGUAUGAAUAAAGAUGGUGUUUGUCUUCAGAAAAACUGACACCAGAUGGCAGUCAUAACAUCCCUUGUUGGAGAAGGAGCAGGGCUGCCUUAUUUGUAUUACUCAUACCAUACAAGGAAUUGUGAGAUUUGAAGACUUCCAGAAGAUUUGUUUAGCUACUAGACACACACAGGGUGGUAAUGCAGGGACAUAUUCAUGUUGUGGACUUGUUGUAUUGAAUAGCGCAUUGCUGUGAUGAUUAUGAUAUAUACAAAAAGCUAUGUAUACUUAAGAUUGGGAUUGCACUGGAUCAUAGUGCCUGAUUAUUAUCAUGAUGCUCUGAUUUUACUUGUCACACUUACUGUCACAGUUGAGACACACGAAGAAGACAUACUUAAAGCAUUGCCCUCCCUCAACACACUCCCAAAACAGCACAAUGUCUCACCAAACACAAUACCCCAACUUACAAACUUACACUUAACUGAAAAUGUAGGUGUUCACUUAAACGGUCAGUGCAUUACUUUAUUUAGGCAAAGCUCAUUAAUAUAUUGUGCAACUGCAGACAUUGGUGGAUGCAGAACUUUAUUUUGGAUUGUACACCCAAAUGGUUCUGUAUUGUGUGUUUCUAUAUACUUUACCAAUGUGAUUGAUAGUUUAUUUAUGAUAUAAUUUGACCUUUGCUUGUAUUGGUGGACCUAUGCAACAAGCGCCAAAAAGCUCAAAAACUUUCCCUCAAAACAAAUCUGUGAUGUUUCCGCUGGAUAUUUAAGCGGCCAGAGAGUAGGUCAAAGGAGGGAGUUUUGACCAUUGCCUAAAUUGGACUUAGCAGUGCCAUAUCUGUCUUAUAUUUGGGAUUGGUCACCUUAUAUCAUUCACUGGGCUCAUGUCAGAUGCCUUUUUCAUUUUUUUGGGAUCACUUUCAUAGCAUUUUGGGCCAAUUAUUCAAAUGCAAAUCAGUGGCAGUUUGACAAAUGUCAUGUUUUUUUAUAGUUCUUUAUCUCAAACUUGAUCUGAUCAAUUCAAAUAUUUUUUUCCAUCCUAGUUUGAGCCCAGACUUGAUUUCAAUUUUCAGACACAUGGCCUCAUAAGUCAUUUGGACAGCCCAGUAAGACUUUCAGAUUGAUCAUUUCAGUAUUACAUAACUUUAAUUAUCGUCAUCAUCAAUGUGGACUGCAGUCUGGACCAGGACUGUGAUGUGCACACAACUUGCAUCCAGUCACAAUGAGAGUUUACACAAAUUUUAGAUGGUUUAGGUUCAUAUAUCAUCUCUGUUGGAACAAAAUAUUUUAAAAGAAAUUUGGAAGCUUCCUGCUGGGACAACUUGAAUUAGCACAUUUGAAGAUAAUAUUACUUGUUCCGAAGUUUUCCUGUCUGAUGAUGUCAUAUGUACUAGAACUGGUCUAAGUUAUUAUGUCUGAACGCACCAGUGCACUUGACCUCAUGGUUCGUUAGAUUAUAAUUGUCAUCACAACUCAUACCCUUAUACUCAUAAUAUUAAUGUGAAAUAAAGAAUAUGAUGUCAA